AUGCAAUUCUCUAUCGUCGCUACUUUGGCUCUUGCUGGUUCCGCUCUGGCUGCUUACUCUAACGUAACUUACACUUACGAGACUACCAUCACCGAUGUUGUCACCGAGCUCACCACUUACUGCCCAGAGCCAACCACCUUCGUUCACAAGAACAAGACCAUCACUGUGACCGCCCCAACCACUUUGACCAUCACUGACUGUCCUUGCACCAUCUCCAAGACCACCAAGAUCACCACUGAUGUUCCACCAACCACCCACUCCACCCCACACACCACCACCACUCACGUGCCAUCUACCUCUACCCCAGCUCCAACCCACUCUGUUUCUACCAUCUCUCACGGUGGUGCUGCUAAGGCUGGUGUUGCUGGUUUGGCCGGUGUUGCUGCUGCCGCUGCUUACUUCUUGUAA